GGGAUCGAACCAACGUUUCCCUCUUUGUUCACUGUUCUGGCUCCACUUCAACCGAAUAAGAGGAAGAAGGAGGAGGAGGAGGAGGAGGAGAAGGAGAAGAAGAUUCGGGAAGGUUCGGAUAAAUUCGGAGAAGCUCGGAGGAGGUGGUGAACAUGGACGAUGGUCAGCCGCAAAAAAUUCCUGUUUCUAUCCAGAGGGGCUUCUCUAUUCCACGUCUUCAAAAAUGCCUCACUUGCUGUGGUGCUGUUAAAUAUCAUUGCCCAUUUUGUUUACCCAAAAUAUUCAAACCUGCCAAACGAAGCAAAGUGAAGGAGCAUUUGGAAUAUCAUCUAAAGCAAGCCUUUUACAUCGGAGAGUACACAAUCCACCGAUGUGGACUUGAGUGUCGAGCACAGCCUCAUUACCACUGUCUGUACUGCAGCAACAUGAUGACGACCAAGGUUAAUUUAACCAAUCACAUACCGAUGUGCAUCCAGGCCCAGCAGAAGAGAGGCCGGAGGUCACUGAAGUCAGCUUUAAGGCAGCGGCGCCAGACCAGCGGAGGGAGUCCUGGACAGGGCGACGCGCCUUCAGAUGACUUCCUAAGAGAACGUGAAGAAGACAGUGAUGAAAUGAUCGUCCACUCAGAUUCUCAGGACAGAAGAAGCCGAGAGGGGAGAAGUGGUCAGUCUGAGCUUCCUCUCGUCUGCAGCUCAAAUCAGACCGAAGCUGCUAAACGUCACCAAACUGUACAAACCGACUUAGACAAACCACAAGACUGUGACGAGUACUACUUCAUGACUCUGGUGAAGAUGUUCAAGAAACUAUCUCCACAUAAGAAGACGGGCAUCAGGAUGACCAUCGAACGGCUGCUCUUUGAAGCUACGUUUCAGUAG